AUGGACCCUAGCGCUACUACCUUUGUUAGUCAUCUGACACCACGACAGCAUGCCAGAGUGGUAGGGUUAGUGGGGAAAAGAUGCGCUGUUAAAGGAGAAAUCAGUGGUCAUUCAGUAGAUGUACUGUGGGACACUGGGGCCCAGGUUUCGAUAAUAUCCAACGACUUCCUGAGGAUGAAUUUGCCUGGUGUUCCUCUUAAAGAUAUUUCGGAAUUACUCAACAGUGAACUGAACUUGACUGCUGCUAACGGUAGCGAGAUGCCAUUCGUCGGAUGGGUGGAGCUAAACUUCAGACUGCCGUCUUACCAACAUGAUUUGAAAGUUCCAUUUCUAGUUACGGAACAACAUUUGGACUCACCGUUGAUUGGGUUUAAUGUUCUAGAAGAAAUUAUUAGAGAUAGUAAUGGGGAGGUGGCGUUGUCUCAAGCUGUCAUCUCCAGCUUCCCUGACCUUGACAGCCAGACGGCUCCGGAGUUUAUGAAUUUUAUCAAGAAUCUUAAUCAGGAGGAACUCUGCUUCGUUCGAACUAGUAAGCGUGACACCACUAUACCACCAAAGCAGAGUAAAACAGUCACCUGCAGAGCAAACACGGGACCAGUGGGAAGACCUACGCCAGUGCUGUUUGAACCUGAUGAGACCCACUCAUGGCCAAAUGGUUUGGAGGUCUCCGAGACCCUGCUGACUGUAAAGAAAGGAAAAUCAAGUCAAGUGGACAUUGACAUCACCAACAACACCAGCCAUGAGGUCAUACUUCGGGGACGAACCCUACUUGGCCGACUCCAACUUGUCCAGUCGGUGACACCAGUUGAAGUGAAGGCAAAAGAGCCUGAUAGUAGUGCCAGCAACACCCAAACGAAGGGGGUACAGGUAUCAGGGACUACAGAGCCAGUCCAAACAGUUGAUGAAAGGUUAGGAGGGACUCCGAUGGGGAUUCCAUCGCAUAUCCGGGACAUAGACCUGGAGGGUCUGACACCAGAUCAGAAAGAGAUGGCUCUAAAGUUGCUCACGGAGGAGGCUGAUUCUUUUGCUAAAGAUGAUAGUGAUGUUGGAUGCAUCCCUGACCUUGAACUUGACCUAGAUUUAGAGGACCAGACACCUGUACAGAAGAACUAUGUAGCAGUACCUAAACCACUCUACCCAGAGGUCAAGGCCUACAUUGAAGAUUUGUUAAACCGGAAUUUUAUAAAGAAAUCGUCAUCCUCGAACAGCUCUCCGGUCGUGUGUGUGAGAAAAAAGGACCAAAGCUUACGGUUGUGCGUGGAUUUCAGAGCACUUAACAAGAAAACUCGACCUGACCGCCACCCGAUCCCCCGAAUACAAGAGAUGCUGGAUAACCUCAGUGGCAACUCAUGUUUCUCUGUUCUUGACCAGAGAAAAGCUUACCAUCAAGGGUUUAUGAGUCCAAAUAGUCAGCCUUUGACGGCUUUCAUUACCCCAUGGGGUUUGUACGAGUGGGUCCGCAUACCAUUUGGUCUUUCCCGCGCGCCUGGAGCGCUCCAACGCUUUAUGGAGAAUUGUUUGGGAGACUUGAGAGACACUGUUUGUGUACCCUACCUGGAUGAUAUUAUCAUAUUCAGUGCCACCUUUGAGGAUCACAUCGAAAACACGUGCGAGGUUCUUCGACGACUAAAAGAAUAUGGGGUCAAAUUGAGACCUCGAAAAUGUAAAUUGUUUAAGAGAGAGGUGACAUUCCUCGGACGGAUUGUGUCAGAAGAGGGUUACAAGCUAGAUCCAUGUAGUAUUAAGCCUGUCCUUGCACUCAGAGACUCGCCUCCAAAGACAGUUAGUGAAGUGCACAGACUUAUGGGUUUCCUGAACUAG